AUGGUGAAGAAUCCGCCCGCCUGCAACUUUCCGACAGCGUCCCUCUCCUUCACCCACACCACCAAUUGUCGCCGCCACCAGCUCCGCGGCUACUCCAGGCGCACAAAGAGGGAUGGGCGGCGGCUGCUACGAAGGAAAAGGAUGAGACAAAGAAGCCAGUCGGCCCAGGAGCCCACUGUUCCCGCUUUGCCCCAAACUGGAAAACUAUUGCUAAUAUCCAAGAACUGGAUAAGCAACCACCGCUAUGGCCGUACACACAGACACGACCCGGGAAAACUACAAGCCCCAGCUCCAGCUCCAAGACAAUUCAAGCUAAUUACAGAGGCUGUUCAGGGAAAAGACUGCCUGACUAAUUUCUAUGGCAUGAAUCUUACCCUUGACGAAAUGUUCUCCAUGGUGGAAAAAUGGCAGACCAUGAUUGAAGCUCAUGUUGAUGUUAAGACUACCAAUAGUUAUUUGCUUCAUCUAUUCUGUGUUCGUUUUAUUUUUAAAAAAACAACAACUCAACAAUCAGAUUUGGAGGACCUCUUAUGCUCAGCAUCAACAGGUUCAUCAAAUCCAGAAGAAGAUGAUGGAAAUCAUGACCUGAGAUUAAAUAUGCUAAAGAAGCCCACGUUUGAAUUGGGAAAACUCAUGGAGCUUCAUGGCAAAGGUAGCAGUUCUGGAAAAGCUACUGGGAACGAGACAGAUACUAAAGUUGAAUUAGCUGAUGAAUAUGAGCCCCCAGUCUAA